CCGCAGCCGGUCUGCGAAAAAGUUCCUAUAAAUUUUCAGAUAAAAUUUGACAAAAUAAUGUCCUGGAAUGCGUUGUUUCGCCGGAAUUCCAUUAUUUUCAACGUUCGCCAACGGAAUUAUGCAUCAAAAGCAGCUAUCAAAGAAGUAUCCAGACCGAACCGUUGGAAGAGCGUAAUCGGGUUGGAAGUGCACGCUCAGAUCCUAACCGCUUCGAAGCUGUUCUCCGGAGCGGAAGUGGCAUUCUCUUCUCCCAUCAACGGUUGUGUUUCCCUGUUCGAUGCUUCGAUUCCGGGGACGCUUCCGGUGCUGAACCGGAAAUGUGUUGAACUCGGGGUGCGAACCGCGCUGGCACUGGGCUGCACCAUCAAUCCGGUGUCGAUGUUCGAUCGGAAGCAUUACUUCUAUGCAGAUCUGCCAGCCGGCUAUCAGAUUACUCAGCAGCGAGCUCCCCUGGCGAGGGGAGGUCUGUUGACUUUUCCGGUUUUCAUUCCGGGCGUCACCCGAAAGCCGUACUACAAAUCGGCCCGACUACUCCAGCUGCAGCUGGAGCAGGACAGCGGGAAAUCGUUGCACGAUCCCGUGGAAAGGAAGAGCCUAGUGGACCUCAACCGAGCCGGUGUACCGUUGAUGGAGUUGGUAUUCGAGCCGGAUUUGGAAACGGGGGAGGAAGCUGCUGCGUUAGUUAAGGAGCUGAUACUGAUUCUCACCCGGCUGGGGAGCUGUUCCUGCCGGAUGGAAGAGGGUGCCCUUCGAGUGGAUGCCAACAUUUCGGUGCACAAGGAAAACACUGCCCUGGGCACGCGAACCGAAGUCAAAAACAUUGGUUCCGUCCGAGCCGUUGCCCAGGCGGUUGAGUUCGAAAUCGAACGACAGAUCGGCAUCCUGGACGAUGGUGGCAGAAUCUUCAACGAAACUCGUGCCUGGGAUGCCACCGGGAAGCGCACGAUAGCGAUGCGUGACAAGGAAGUGGUUCAGGAUUACAGGUUUAUGCCGGAACCGAACCUACCGCCGCUGCACGUGAACGUCGUCGAAGGCGAAUGUGAUGCCGAAAAUGUGGUUGAUGCCGUCCAGAUUGGUGCAAACUUGCCGGAACUGCCGGAGGAAACGCGCAAGCAGCUAGUGGAAGUACACAACCUCACACCGGAAAUGGCCAUCAUUCUAGUGAACGACAUGACCUUGCACGGUCACUUCCGUUCGAUACUGGAUGAACCGGGCAAAAUGCGCUCCCCCAAAACGGUGGCCAAUUGCCUAGUCAACGAACUGCUGACGAUUCUGAACAAGAACAAACUCGACAUCGAACAGUGCCGGAUCUCGUCCGCUCACUUGGCAGAGGUGGUGGACAUGUUCGACGGGAACAUCAUCAACCCAUACCUGGCGAGGUUGAUUCUCCAGGAGGCGCUCGACCAAGAAGGAGCGGAAAGUCCUACGGUGAUAGCCCAGCGCAAUGAUUGGCUGAUGAUAACCGAUUUGGCCCGGAUCGAGCCACUCUGUAGGGACGUGAUUGAGAAGAAUCCAAAGGUGGUGGAGAAGUACCGGAAGGGGAAGGAAAAGAUGCUGUUCGCGCUAGCCGGGGAGAUUGCCAAAGCGACGGACCAGAAGGUAGAUAUGGCCAAGGCAGUUGAUUUGCUAAAGAAAAUGUUGAAAAGUUAA